AUGCUCGACAAUUUCCCCGACAAUCUUCACCCCAUGGCUCAAUUUGUCGCUGCCAUUGCAGCUCUCAACAACGAGAGCAAGUUUGCUGCCGCUUACGCUCGCGGUGUCCCUAAAUCCAGCUAUUGGGAAUACGCCUAUGAGGAUUCCAUGGACUUGCUUGCUAAGCUGCCUACCGUAGCUGCUAUCAUCUAUCGCAAUCUCUACCGUGACGGAUCUGCUGUUGGCGUGAUUGAUCCCAAAAAGGAUUGGGCGGGCAACUUUUGCUCGAUGCUGGGCUACGAUGACCCUCUCUUCUGCGAGCUUAUGCGCUUGUACUUAGUCAUUCACUCCGACCACGAAGGUGGAAAUGUUUCUGCACACACCUCGCACCUUGUUGGUUCUGCACUCUCUGAUCCGUACCUUUCUUUUGCGGCUGCAAUGGCAGGACUUGCUGGACCCUUGCACGGACUUGCAAAUCAAGAGGUUCUUGUGUUCCUCAAUAAAAUCGUCCAAGAAAUUGGAUUCAAUUACACAGAAGAUCAACUGAAGGAUUGGGUAUGGAAGCAUUUGAAGAGUGGACAGGUUGUUCCUGGAUAUGGUCAUGCUGUGCUGAGGAAGACUGAUCCACGUUAUGAAUGCCAGCGACAAUUCGCUCUCAAGCAUUUACCCAAGGAUGACUUGUUCAAGCUGGUGUCGGCCCUCUAU